AUGUCCCAUCACGCAAAUUCUUUGUCGCAAAGUUCUCUGGCAGCGCCAGCAGAAAUUGUUCCGGCCACAUCAGUGAAGCGGGCCACUUUGUCACCAUCGCCGGAGCUGAGCGCUAUGGCCAAAGACCAAGCCGACAAAAACAAAUUCCUCUCGCCCCCGCCUCUCUCCUCAUCCGACAUGACUCCCCCUCCCUCGACUCAGAUUCCCGGAGCGCCUCUUCGCCGGUCCCGCACUCAUUCGCGCUCCUUAAGCCCAUCGCUGGUGGCGCCGGCCGACCUAGACAAGUCGCUGUGCGACGCCUAUGGAGCCUCGGAGAAUCUCCCAACCACCGAAGACAUCGACAAUGCCAGCGAGACGCAGCUCCGAACGAUCGCGAAGGAUCUUCUGGCCGUGGCUCAGGAGUCUCGCAUGUCGGCUUUGCACUUCAAGUUGCAGAAUAGUCUUGUCUCUUUUGCGAGCAAUGAAGCGGUCAAGCGCGCCGAGGUCGAGCAUCAGCUCGCUAAACGAGAAGUGGAAAUUCUUCAGAGUGCCGAGUAUCGGAGUCGCUCGCGUCCCGCCGAGCCUCUCACACCCCAGCAGUCCCAGUCGGUCACCAAGGACGAGUAUCUGGCCGCCGUUCAGCGGUCGCAAGACUUGGAGAGCGUCAACACGGUCCUUGACCGACGACUUCGACGAGCCAAGCGGGCCAUUGAUGAUUCUACAGCCAAGUCCUUGGAACUGACGGAGCAGAACGAAAUGCUGAAGAGGCGCAUCGAGGACAAUCGCCGUCACUUUUCCCAAAUUUUCAACUAUGGCUCCCUGUCGCCCAGCAUGCAGAGCGAGCUCCAAACAAUUUGCCGCGGCGAGCAGACCGACGGCCUUGCCGCUCUUCUCUUUGCCGACAAAUUUACCAAUCGUCUGUCCGAACCCCAUGCUGCCUAUGGCGCUCAUCCGUCAUCUCUCCCCAUGACCCCGAACCACCCGCGUUCGGCCCGCCAGGAGCGUCAUUACUUGACGCCCUUGGGGAACAUGCGCGACAAUCAUUACGACAGCGAUAGCACUGUCUCGCUUUCUGUCUCGGAGGCCGGGGAAGAAGGCCCAGAGUCGCCGUAUCCGCAAAUGCGGUCUGGUGUCCCGAAAAGCAGCACCCUGCUCCAAACGAAGCUAUUUGGUCAAGUGAGCAAACCCGGCGUUGGGCGGAACCAUUCCACCAAGCGCAAGGCAGGUUCCGAGGAGAGUGGUACAACCACAAAGAAGUCAAGAACGAACCGUGUGGGUCUGGGCAUUGAAGCUUAA